GAGUCGACCACCAUGAACGAGCUGCUGAUCAAUACGUAUCAAAGGCCCGCAUACCCCACGAACAUCUCAAAGGUCCUGCCGGACGCGAGCAGCAACAUCGCCCGCUUCGACCCCUCCGGCCGCUUCGUCGCCGCCGGCGCGCUCAAUGGCGUCGUCCGAGUGUGGGAUCUCGAGACCAAAGAUUUUGUGCGCCUGCUGAGGGGCCAUGUCGAUAGAAUCACGACCCUCGACUGGUCCCGCAACUCACGCUACUUGCUCACCGGGUCCGCGGAUUGGAAUGUUGCGAUAUGGGACUUGCAAGAUAGGACUAAACCUGCGCAACGAAUGAUGACCUUCAGACACGACUUGCCUGUGCUGUCCGCGCAGUUCCAUCCUCGGAAUAGUAAGAUCAUCCUCGUCGCUAUUCAGGGAGAUAUGUACAUAUACGACCUCCGCCAAACCGAUGGCAUCUCCAACUGGGUCGUCUCCGGCGAAGACGAUGCGACAUACAAAGUUACCUGCGCCUCCUUUGACCCGUCUGGUCGACAUGUCUUUGUCGGAACCAGCAACGCCCAAGUCCACGUCUACAACACACGAACGAAGACGCUCGUCGCCCGCCACCGCAUAGCUGGGCUCUCAGGGCAAAUACGAAUAUCCGACAUCCAAUUCACGAAAUCGGGUCGCCGCUUCGUCACAAACUCCUCCGACCGCACCAUCCGCCAAUUCGUCACGCCCACAUACCCGCCACCAGAUCCCGAUGGCAUGAUCCUCGAAUCCGACCUCGACGCCACGCACCGCUUCUCCGACCCCGUGAACCGCACUCAGUGGCACGCGCUCUCCUACUCGCCCGACGGCGAGUGGCUCGCGGGCGGGGCGGCGGACGCGGCGGCGCACAAGAUAUAUAUCUGGGACUGUAGUGGAGACGGGCAGCUGGUAAAUGCGCUGGAUGGCGGGACGGCGCCGUUGUUGUGGGUGCAUUGGAACCCUGCGCGCUCGAUGCUGCUGUCGAACACCUCCGAGGGCGCCAUCAUGAUCUGGCACGCGCCCACUCAGGAGCGCUGGGGCGCGUUCGCGGGCGACUUCGAGGAGCUGGACGAGAAUAUCAUGUACGAGGAGAAAGAGGACGAGUUUGAUAUCGAAGACGAGGAGGAGAUCGCGAAGCGCAAGCGAUUGCAAGAAGAGGAAGACGUCGACAUUGACACGGUCGAUGUGGCACCGUAUUGGCAAUUUCAACCCCUCCCCCGCCCCCCACCCAACGACGAGGACCUGCUCUGGGCCGACGAAGAUCCUCCUGACGAUAGCGCCGCGUGGUCUCUGAAUCCGAAGGAUUAUACAUCGACCGAUGAGGAGAACGACCGAAAAGAGUUUUAUGGGGACCUGUAUAAGGAGUUUGAUGAGGAUGACUGAGGCCGAUUUUGGACAGCCUAUGGUUGUUAUGUGUAUGUGGACCAGCCUUGCUUAGAGAUGCGUUCGGACGUGCGAGACGAGGUAGUCCAACCAGUAUAUCGACAGAUCAGAAACACACUCAUGGCAGUGCGCUCUCUGCGUGUGG